GUUUAAACUUUAUUCACAAGCCCUAACUGUCCUUCCAGCUCUUCGGUCUUGCUGAUGAUAAAAGAGUAGUUUAAUUAACUAGUAAUAAAGACAGGAGAACUUGCCGAGCCCUGUAUUUGCACUAGAAAGAAGAAAAAGAACCGCGAAGAGCAGAGAAACCUCAGUAAAACCCGCUGUGAGUUGAGACGAAAUAUCGCGAUACUUCGUAGUGUGCGGUUGUCUCUCACGCAGGCUCAUAAAUAACUGAUCAAAAAGGUUUUGGAGAAAGGAUGUUACUCCUGGUCUGUGUCAGGCUGUGAUUCACUCAGAGGCUCGUUGUAAUCUCGCCUCUUGUCGAUGUUUUCGUGGACUCAGAGUUUCUCUUCAUCAGUGAGGAGGUCUCCAUCACUCUGUUUGCAUCAGGUCAUGUUCCUCCUGCUGGGCUGAGGUGAAUCUUUCUCUCUCUCCUCCUUUAACCGCCUCCUAUGUUCCCUUUGCAGUAAAGAUCAGAGUCGUGCUCCUCCGUCUGUUGCUCAGGGCCUCCACUGGCUCCUGUUUUCUUAGGAGAGGCUUUGUUUGAAGCUUUUUCUACCUCAUUGUGUCUCAGCAGAAAUAAGACUUGCCACCACAGAAGAAAAGGAGCUCCUGCUCACUUUGACCACAUUAAGUUCCUGUCAUCUUUGAAGACCUUUUCCAGCGCCUGUUUCCUUCUUUAUCUUGGCUCUCUGUGCUGAAUCCAGAGAGCAGGACAGACUUUUUGAUAUCAUGUCUCAGAAGACGCAGGCUGACGGCGCUCAGAAACACUUCGCUGUGGGUCGGGGGCUCCUGGCCGCUGCAGAAACCUUGAACUUCAACAUGAACGAGCAGCGUCCCAACAGACCAAUGGGGGUGGGGGUCGGUGUGGGCAUGGGCAUGGGCAUGGAGGGCCAGGACGGCAGCGGGCAGAUGCCCCGACGUGGCAGCGGCGGUGGCGGCAGCACCAGCAAUCUUGGCAGCACAAUGAAGCUGUUUGCCAGUUUGGGGCUGUCGCCCUCUGACCUGGACGCUCUGGCUGAAAUCCCUGAGGAGGAGAUCAGUGUGGAGACGCUGCCACACAUCCUCAGACAGCUGAAGAGUCGCAAGGGGGAAGCAGGAGAGCGGCGGGCGGCCAUGUCCUCUGAUGCUGCGUAUCGAGGAGGAAGCUGGGAAGAGGGGCACGUGGGGAGGAUGGGCGUUUCUUCUCUGGGACAAGGUUCAGCCAAGUCCUCCACAGACUUUGGGUACAGCUCCCUGCAGGACGUCUCCUCCAGCCGGGGCUACGGCUUAAAUUACAGCGGUGGAGGUGGAGGUGGGAGCAGAGAGAGGCCAUACUCUGAGCUUUCCCACCGCAGUGGGCUCGGCAUGGGCCCGUCUGAGCCCGUCUUUAUGCAGAGGAGGAUGGGCUCCCCGUCAAACGGAAAAGUCCAAGACUUCUUGGGAGUCAUGCCCCCCAUGUUCCCCCACGUGUGCUCUCUUUGUGACUUUGACGUUCAUUCCACCAUGGAGUGGAAUCAACACAUUAAUGGACUCCGCCAUGCUGAAAACAGACGGCAGCUUCUUGACAUGUAUCCUGAGUGGGAUCCCGGUAUGGGCUCAGGCAGAGGUGGAGGUCUCUCAGAGACCCCCAACCUGUCUGCAGGGCUGCUGGGUCCCGCCCCCAUGUCUUCAGGACCAAUGGGAGGGAUGUCCUCGAGCUGGGGUGGAGGUGGAGGUGGAGGUCCUGGACAGCUGGGUCUGAAUAAGCUGAGGAGCAGAGUGGUGGUGGUGAAAUACGACAGGAAGCCUCUCAGCAACAAGACCCUGUUUGCCUUCGCUGAGCGCUUCGGCUGCCUGAGGGAGCACCUCAUCCUCAAGAACAAGGCUUUUCUGGAGAUGAGCACUCAUGAAGAAGCUCUGGACGUGGUGAACUACUACAAACAGCACCCGGCAUCUCUGUACGGCAAAUCCAUCUCCUUCUACCUGUCCCAGACCCUCAUGUUCAUCGAGAAAGACGAGCGAUCGAUGGACCGACCGAUGGAUCGACUGAUGGACAGACCUGUGAGGGAGGUCAAAGGUCAAGGCAGCAAGGUAGUUUUUUUCUCCAACCUGCCCCGCGAGGAUGAGAAGAAGAAGGAGCUGCUGACCAUUGCUGAGCGCUUUGGCGUUGUGGAGAAACACCUCUUCUUAACAGACCAGGCAUUUAUCCAGCUGGGAACUGCAGAGGACGCAGAGAUGCUGGUGAAGUAUUACACUGUGAACCCCCUCACCAUCCGAGGAAGACGGAUCCGCCUCAAUGUCUGCACAAAGUACAAAACCCUCAAUGUGAACGCAAGGAAGGGUGGAGGAGACGCUUCGAGCAGGAAGAGUGGCAAAGCCAACUCCACCUCCUCCGGCACCGGAACCAGGACCUCCUCCAAAACCACCUUAUCCAAAUCAUCCACCUCCAGGUCCAAAGAAGACAAGAAGAGGGAGGAGAAGGAGGAGGAGAAGAAGAAGGAGGAAGAGAAAGAGGAGAAGAAAGUGAAGGCAGAGCCAGAGGAGGAGGAAGAGGAGGAGGAGAAGGAAGUCUCAGGAGUGAUGGAAGGAGGGGAGGAUGGGGAGGAGCAGGCAGCAACUGAUGGAGAGGGGGAGGAGCCAGAGGGAGCAGAGUCUGUGAAUUUGACGGUAGAGGAGUCUGAGGAUGCUCAACAGGAGGAGGAGGAGGAGGAGGAGAAGAAAGAGGAGAAGGUUACUGAUGAUGUCACUGAUGACACACCUGGAGACACGGGUGAGGUCAAGCAGGAGGCGGAGUCAGAGACACAAACGGAAGCGGCAGAAACAGAAACUUCGGCCGAGGAGCACGAGAGCAAAGAGGAAGCAAACAUGGAGGCGGCAGAGAGCUCGGAGGCGCCGGAGGCAGCGGAGGGAGAUCUACCCGAAGAAGAGCAGGACUUCCCAGAGAACAUGGAGGACUUUGUGACGCUGGACGAGCUGGAGGAAGACAACGACGAAGCCCACGGAGAGUCGGACAAUAUCGACAACACGAGGCGAGGGGGUAUGAGAGUGGUGAACAUCGUCGGCUUCAGGCGAGGGUACCAGUACCUCAACGAGCUGCUGAAACUUGCCCAGCCUUUCGGAAAGGUGGUCAAACACCUGGUGCUGGACCUGAGACCCGAGGCAUUCCUUCAGUUCGCCACAGAAGAAGAAGCACGGGCGAUGGCCAACUUCUACAACGGGAACAUCACAGCGUCCGUGUGCGGGCGGCCGGUGAGGAUCAGUCACUCCAUGAGCUACCCCACCAUCCAGGUGAGCAUUCAGCUGGUUUUAUUUCAUUACGCCACGCGACUUUGUUUGACUUUGUCNGAGCCAUUUGGGAAGGUCAAAAAGUACUUCCUGAACAGGAUCCGGAGAGAGUGUUUCCUCGAGAUGUACAAUGCCGAGGACGCCGAGAAGAUGGCUGCCGAUUAUAAAGCGAAGUCGCCAAAGUUAAACGGGAAGCGCCUGACCAUCUACGUGAGCAGGAAGUACAAGCAACUGAAACACGGCCAUCGAACGCCGAACACCGUGAAGAGAGCGAGUGACGACUCGCCACAAAAGUUCUCGAAAGAUGCCGAGGAACCACCGGCCAAGAAACCUAAAGAGGAGGCCCAACCAGAGGUGGAGGAGGAGAAAAAGGAGGAUGUGGAGAAUCAGAAGGAGGAAAAGGAGCAGGAGGAGGAAAUGGAGACCCCUGAUGUGAGCGAAGAGACGGCGGUGGAAGAAAAGUCGGCCGCAGAGAAAGUUCCUGAAGUUUCUGCUGAGAGGAGCAGCGAGGACGAGAAACAGGAGGAGCUGGUGGAGCAGGUGGAGACAUCGACCAAUCAGAGCGGGGAGACUGAGGCUCCUCCUCCUGCUGAGAACAAACCCAGCGUGGCGUCUAUGCCGCUGCCACCGUACGACCCCAACACGCCCAUUGGUGUCGAACAUGUGAAAGCAGGGUUUUACUGCCGCAUCUGUUUCCUGUUUUACUCCAACGAAGACACAGCAAAGAAGACGCACUGCAGCAGCCAGGCGCACUACGACAAGCUCCAGAAAUACCUGGAGAAGGAGCAGAGCAAAGCGGAGAAGAAGGUGAAGACGACAACGCCAUGAGAACACCCGAAACUGAGGAAGAAGUGUGGAUGGACUUUUUUAAAAAAUCUUUGUUUCUAUAGCAAUGUUUGAAACACACAUCGGAGCGACUUUCUGCUGCCGCUCUGUGGCAUUGAACCCCGAAGGACUUGCUGUUUGUAGCCACGCCUCCUUUUUUUUUUUGCUUUAUUUCUGCAGGUAUUGAUUAGCUCUUUUAUUGGUUCUUCUUUUGUCUAAACGGUCAGGAAAAGGAAUACUGUGUUUAAGAUCUCAAUUUUAAAACUAAACAAAAAAAACCUGAUACCGUACAGGUGUUUACACAGCUGUCAAUCACUUUCUUUAUUCAUCUAAAAACAUUGGAUCAACAGAAUCAUAAGCCGACCCCAACUCCCCCUCUGCUCAGAUCUUUCCCAUUAUUAAGCUACAGCGUCCUGAAGAUGGAUUCUCCUUAUAUAUGUCACCUGAGUUCACGCAGGUCACAUAAAAAUGUGAUUUUACCCCAGAUUACCUCCGUGAUCUUAAAAUAUUCAGAAACGUUCUGCUCCAGGCUGCCAGACACUAUAAUCUGGUUAUUUUCAAAAUAAAAGACCCAGUGUUUUGUGCUGUCACCAUUGGUCUCGUGCCAUUUAGUCACGGCUCGAUUUUCAUCUCUUUACCGCAGUCUCACCGCUACAUCAGUGUUACGUUUGUAAACAAUGAAGCGACAGAUCAAUGGCUGUGAUUGUGAACUAGUCUUUGAACAAAUCUAUGACGGCGUCACGACUUCCUGGGUUGACAUGUUGAACUGUAAGUCUCACUUUUUUUGGAGUUUUCUGUUGAUGUUUUAGAAAAAUAAAACCACUGUUGUUCA